AUUUUGACUGACAUACUCGGAGAGUGAACUGGUAUAUCGAGUCCUGAGAGCGGGUGAGUGGGAGUACUGGGAAUCUCUGUUUAAGAUUUAGGAUGUGGUUUCGCCUCAUUUUUCUACUUAACUAUAAUCGGAUUUGUUGUGACUUUCAGGGAGAACUUUGUGAAACUCAUUGAUAACUUUGAGACCUCGCUGUCAGUCGUCGGUCAGGUUUACAGGUACAGCACUCUCGACUAACUACAUAACAACAAAGUAAUGAAGUGACCUGCUUUAACAUGAACUGCUCAACUGUUUCUUUGUCUUGUUUUGUGCUGGUCGGAGUUUGAUCUUGUUUCUUCUCGGUUAUUGAGUAACAGCAGGGUGGUUUGUUGUAGCCGGAGUCUUUCUUGUACACUCUUAUGUAUCAGAAACUAACUUGUAAAACCAAAAACAGGGUGAGAUUUUUGUUUAAGCACAGGGGCUUCCAGUUUCUGCUCUCAAACUAACUUUAAACCUGUAAUUUUGUGUGAUUUUUUUCUGAAUUGAGGUGGGAGGUAUGCAGUUUUAUGGGCCCCACUGUGCAGUAACAGUAUAAUUUUGUGUAUGCAUGACUGCCUGUGUUAGAGCCAGCAGAGUGGUUUGAAUGGCAUUUUUCCUUUUGUCUGCCUUUUCCCCUGUUAGUAUCCUUUAGCUGCUCCCUGACUCCUUUGCUCCUUUUUUUCACUCAAAUUACAGUGCUGCAUGUUUGCUCCUUUAAUCUCCCUUAGUAAAUCCUCUGCUCUUGGGACUGACUGACUGACUUGGGAGGGUACUAAUACACAAGUAUCCGUGUCAGUGUAUUUGCUGUGGCUCUGUGUCUCUCCUCCCUCUGUUGGUUUUGCCCAGCACCCUGGGAACCGAUUGUCCUGCAGUUGUUGAAAGCUGUCAAAGCAGAAGAAUUCACUAAGAUGACUCCUCCCUUCCUUUACCCCUAUGCGUCCCUCUCAUAUCUGCUGAUAGCUGCUGUCUGUUUUCUGGAAAAAGUGUUGAAUGUAUGUAAUGUAAGCCAGUGUUUAUUCUAGGAUGGGGGUGUCUUCUUUGCCUAGUUUCUACCUCUGCUCCUAGAACUUCAGUGAGGCUUUUCCCCCAGGUUUUAUUUCCUUUUUCUUAAAGCAGCAAUGCUCUAUAAUUAAAUUGUAACCUCACAUAAACCCACGCUCAACCAAUCUGUAUUCUAUUAUCCCCAUUUUAUUUUAUUUGGCAAUCCUGCAGUUCAACCCCGACCCCCUGUCAGGCUGUGUUGAGUGUUCCCACCCCCUCUAUAUCCUGCUCAGGCUGUAGGGUCUCAAAGGACUGGUCAGACACUAGUUAUCACAUAUACACACAUUAAAAAGGACACAAAGAGUCACCAGAGGGCUAAACAUAUGGUGUUUAAGAAUGACAAGCCACCUCGGCAUUGCAGAAGUUCAUGAAGCCUUUGUGUUUGAGACUGAUUAAGACACAAAAUCAGGUCAGCAACAAAACAAAUCUGUGGAUUGGCCCUUCGAAAGAGUUGUAACUUGAUCUGGGAAACCUCAGGUGAUGGAAAAGUGUUCCUGAGAGGGAAGAAAAAGAGCAGAUAGGAGCUGAAGAUAACUGUAGCAGCGGUUAACUCAAAAGUGGGAUCAGUGUUGAUUCUGGCGGAGGGACAUUUUUGAGCUGUUCUGUCAUGUAGUCUGUGUUUUUGGCUGACAUUGGGAGCUGCACCCUGCAGCAUACAUGCAGCUAAUAAUCAUAUUCUCUCGAAAGCAGAAUCAGAAAGACCUCCACCCUGAGCUCAAAUCUGGGCGUUUAUUGAAGCUAACACAUGUGGUAAAUUAUGCACAAACUGUAUGCUGGAAAAACCAAACUGAUACUGUUUCCUGCUGCGCUGUUAGUGCCUUUGAUUAAUGCACUUUGCAGUUGCUGUAUGACUGCACCAGGCAUAUUAUUGAUGCAGAGGUGUUCCUGAGAACCCAAACUUUCUUGAGCAGUGGUUUUGUUUUGGGGCAACACUUAGUGAAGGGACUUACCCAGAAUGCCAGAGACUCAUGCAUGCCUCUUGUUUCCAUCUCACUGAAGACAGCCUUGUUUAACUUGAUAACUCAAGAAUGUGAAACCAAGCAGCAGCUCCCUAUACAGAUAUAUCCAGGAAGAAUACUCCAUGUUACUAGAGAGUAUGAAAUCCUUAGAAGACCUUCAGAAACUCCCACAAGAACAUACAUGAUCUCAAGAGGCACGUAUCACUCAAUGGUGGAGCUGGGUGCAUGUAAACAGGAUGUGGAUUUGACUUUUUAUACGUCCUGAACUAUUCUUAACAAGAACUGUAUUAAGAUCUAAAUUGGAAAAAUCUGUUUAGUUGGAUUAGAAUUAAACCCUGGGGAAGAUUUAUGAUCCUUUUCCUGUUUUGGGGAAACAGAUCAUUGGGAUAUCUAGUCACUCAUUAAUAAGAAUGAUCCAUUUAUUGUCCCUUUUAAUACAAAAACCUGUAUCUCACUACCAGGGGUGGGAGAAAAAAUCGAUACAGCAUUGUAUUGCGAUAUUUUGUCUGGUGAUGUAUCGUAUCGUCUUGUUUACCAAGUAUUGAUAUUUCGAAUGUAUUGCUAAUAUGAAGUCAAAUCUAUGGUAAUGAAAAAAAUAAAAUCAACUGUUUGUCCAGUGAGGUUGGCAGAGGAGACAUCAUAGAGCAGAAGAAAGUUAGUACUACAAAUAUAUAAAAGGUUUGCAAAAUGUGCUACGUGAAAAUAAAAUACAGAGUAAAUAAGACAAACAUAAAAAAAAGACAAAUGCUAAAUUAGCUUAACAGUUGAAAAAAUUGUAUAAAUUGCAAUAUUUAGUAUCAAUACUCACUGUAUUGCUCAAUGUUAAAAAUCACAAUAAUAUCGUAUCAUGGCCCGAGUAUCGUGAUAUUAUUGUAUCGUGACCAGUGUAUCGUGAUAUUAUUGUAUUGGUCCCCAUGUAUUGUGAUAAUAUCGUAUUGUGGCCCAAGUAUCGUGAUAUUAUCGUAUCGUGGCCCAAGUAUCAUGAUAAUAUCAUAUAGUGGCCCAAGUAUCGUGAUAUCAUCGUAUCGUGGCCCAAGUAUCGUGAUAUUAUCGUAUCGUGUUGAGAUUGUGCUGUGAUAAUUUAUGCACGAAUGAAUGUUCUGUUUUUAAUAAGUAUGUCAUGAGGUAGGAAGUAAAAAAGUGUUGAGUAGAAUAGAUGGAAGGUACUUGCGGUUUUUGUUCUCUCAUAAAUCAAAUGAUAAAUCAAUCAUGCGUAAAGACUUAAAAAUAAAUGAUUUUUAUGUAAAUCCAGUGACCUUGAAAAUCAUGUGUGGGGUCAUGAAUGAAAGUAAUGGCCUAAAGGUUCAUUACACCUACUUGGACCCUUACCUGCUGAUAUGAAUUAUCCUCCGCAGUGGUGUUUAGCAACCCUGAAAACCUGUAGUUAAUAAACAGGAAGAAGAAAGUGUCUCCAGAUGCACUCCACAACCCAUCCGUUUAAUGCUGUGUUUCUUCUGUGAGGUAUAAAGGUCGAUUUUAACUCUAAUGUUUUAUGAGCAGCUGGAACUUCAGAGCAGUCAUUAAACUGGGUUGUGAGGCUUGUUUCAUUUUCCCACAGCUUUUUUUAAAAACACACUUGUGUGACUCUGUAGAGGGCUUAUAUAGACACUAAUGAGUACCUGGAUUCAAUUUCCUUUAAUCCUCCAAACUGCACUGAUGUUGAGUUUUAUAACCUCUGUGGUUAUGUUGUACACAGCAGGACACGCUGUCUCUGUGUCUCUGUUGGAGGUUUAUGAACAGACAGAGUUUUGGACUGAAGUAAUGACCUUUAAGAUACAAACAAACAGAAACCAACGUGCUUCCUUCAAACCUUCCAUAUGACACACGCCAGCUGUAAACGCUGACAAUGCAUCAUUCUGCCUACGGGCAUGAAUAUUCAUUCAUUAUACUGGUGACUCGGAGGCAUCUGACUCUGACUGUGGUCCUCAUCACAAGCAGAGAAACAAAGGAGCUCUCAUGACUCUGGACAAAAGUGACCCAAUCCACCAAACAAAGUCACCAGAAUGACUGUCACAUUACAUGACGAGGGAAGAGGCUGUGAGAUGGAUGCAUGAAAUGGCAAACUGCACUUUGUUCUGUCAUUAUAUCGGCUUUGAGUUAUUAGAGGACAUAAUCUAUUCAGGUCUCACAGUUUGUUUCCUCAUUGUGCAUUUAAAAUGUUUGCAGGACAAGCAGUAACAUGACAGGAGUGUUCAAAUUCCAACAGAGUCUGCUGCCUUUUCUUUUUUUUUUACACCUUUCUAACUCCUCCCCUUUCCAUUCCUACUACUCCGCCUCACCCUCUUUGUCUCCUCCUCCCUCUUCACAGGUAAAGGACUAAGCAGCAUGGUGGGAGGGGAGUGCAGGUCUGGGCUGGUGAGGGUGUGAUCCCUCCACAACUGAGACAGACGGCCGGACAGCGAGACCGGGGAAGGAACGGAGGAAUGGCUCGCAGCGUGAACUUUUACCUGAGCGCCCCUCUCAUGGAGGCUGGACUGGAGUGAGUGUUUCCUCUCGGUCUCUCUGUGUUUUCUUCCUCUGUUUUUUUCUGAGCUUCAAACUUCACUUCACACAGCUGUACUCGACAUGAAGGCUGUGAGGUCGGGAGGGGAAGUUAGGAACUGAGAUAACAGGAUUAAGUGGACUCUUUGAAGCGUUGUUGGGCAUUGAAUAGAAAGACAAACUACAAUGCAGAGCGCCUUUCAUGUUCUGAUGUGUCUGUGUGAGAGUGUGUGUUUGUGUUUGUACACAGUCUGUCUGAAUGUCAGUGUUUACAUUGAGAAAGAGUGCAGACAUGUUUGGCGUCUGUAGGUCCUCUCCUCGUUCUGUCUGAGUAAGUCAAAGGUGAUUUGAAGCUGUUUUUUUUCCUUCUCUCUUGCUCUCAGAGAGUGUAUUCCAGAAAAUGCAUCGCGAAUAAACCGAACAGAAAGUGAUCUUUGCGUUACGAAUGAAUCAGCAGGGCCUGACAGAUGUGUCUGAUGUCUGUAUGACAUUUCUGAAUGUCUCAGGAAGGCAGUGGGUUUUAUCUGUGGUGUCGUAGGUGAGAAACAGUUUUCAGAGGGUUUAAAUCUGCAAUGAGGUCAAUAAAACAAAACUAUAAAAAUGUUUUCGCUCUGUUGUUCUCUCACAUAAAUACUCCUAAAACUAGAUAUGAGUAGUAGAUAUGAUGAGCACCCUCCAACAGGAGUGCUAUACUUGUGACCAUAUUGAUUAUUUAUUUACUUUUUUUUAUCAGCUGUACACUGAUAAAGCUGUCUUGACAUUAUGUGGUUGUUCUUGCUUACUGGCCUGGUUAAAGCACCUCUGAGGAACUUUGGGGAUAUUUGUUCAGCUGUUUGAUAACACCUACCCCCUUGCACCUGUUUUCAACCGCUUGCUUCUCUAGUUUUACCUACUUAAGUAACAGCCACACAAUAGCAAUACACAGUGGUCUACCUCUCCACAUGCAAACCUCAACCAAUAAGCCACUCUAUAGCCACAAAUGAUGCUCAGAACAGCACCUAACUUAAGUACUAGCUGUUAAACAUCUUUUUAGCUUUGCCUUGUUUCUUCAGCAAAGAGACCAAAUACAACUCACCCACUCUCCUCCAGCAGCCGCUUGUUUGUGGGGGAGCCCUGAUGAGUCAAUCACAGAGUGCAGCGGAUGAUUUCCUUGAAGUAAUAAUCAUCAUAAUGAUCAUUUUGCACUGCAGACGCUGUAGUUCUUCCGCCUUAGCGUCUCAAUCUGAUUGCAUUUCCAUGAAGUAAUAAUCAUAGAUGUUCUUCCUUGAGCUGCGAAACUCCACUGCACUCGGUGAUCGCUGCUCUCCCCCACAAACAAGCAGCUGCUGGAGGAGAGUGGGUGACUAUCCUUUAAUUUUUUUAAUGCAUGAAACCGGAGUGAGGUUUUAGCUGCUGAAGAAACAAUCCUGUUUUUACAUUUUACAUUUACAAUAUUUACAAUAAAUAGUUAAUGUGUCUGACAAAAGCCAGCAGUAUGGGAUUGCUUUCUUUUGCCACCUGCUUCAGCUCUGUUAGCGCUGUUAUUGUUUGUUUAAUCAAGUGAGUACCUAUCAUGGGAAGGACUGCUUGUUUUUCCCUCCCUCAAAAAGUAGCAGGUGGUGACUAUCAUAACAGAAACUUGUGGUGUGCAGGCGUCUGUGUUUGGAGUGCCAAUCAUCAUUGACGGGGAUUUAAUGAGCUACUGUAUUGGAAACAAAAUACUGACAUAGUUUUGAUAACAUUGUUGCUGAUGUAAAAGUCUACCAUCCUGUUUCUGUCUUUAGUGUCAUUUUAAGUGUGCUCAUGUCCGAAUGUGCCCUUUCAGGAGCCCAAUAGAUGAGGAGGGAGUCCACGACUCAUUCAGCCAGCUGAUCGCAGAGCAGAGUCAGAAUGGAGGAGUACCAGACGCUUUUGAGCUGCAGCAGCUGCAGAGAGAUCUGGACGAAGAGGGACAAGGUACUUUGUGUUUGAGAGCAUCAAUGUGAAAAAGACUGAAUUUGUGUAAAAGCUCAUUCUGUGAAGUAAAAACACUAUCAAGAUAAGUAUGCUAAUCAAAUUAGGUUAGUCUUGUCUUUUCCAGCAGUUGCAAUAAUGCUUUUAAUUUCUCUUUGUUUGUUUUAACGCCACAGAUAAUGUCCCUUACCUGCCCAGUCCUGGACCAGAGUACAGAGGAAGGCCUGAAGGGCAAACAGGCACAGAGUGGGAGGAUAAUGAUGGAGAGAUGGACCCUCUGGUGGGUGAACGGUGGUCCUCUGCCACCAUGAAGAUCCUGUCCUCCAUGCCCAGUCGCACAAUCGGUGAGUCCUGACGUCAGCUCAUAAAAAAGACACAACAUCUUAUAGUGUUAUUAAGUAUAGAGUGAGAUUAAAUGGCACCAUAUUUUGCUUUUUUUAAUUUCAUUCACAACUUAUGAUGAAACACCACGUUUGCCCUGUUAAGUUGCUGUUUUUCAGAGAUUCAAUAGCUCUGUAGUUCAUCUCAAAGUCAGGUUCGGUGUUAGCAUGGCUUGAUUUAAUGAGGGCGUGAAAAACAAGACUGUUUCAGCUGAGCGGAGUUUCAUAGGGAAGCUGUUUGUCAUCUUCCUGUGGCAGGUCAGAUGCAGACGGCUGUUGUCUGAUUUGUUUAAGCUGUGCCACACAAGAGUAUAUGUGCUGGUUUGGCUUCCUAUACAGAAAAGACGGCUGUUUAUCUUGAAGUACUUCCUCUCUGUAAACAUCCGCUAAGUGUCAUUUAAAUUUACGCUCUUCUGCUUUGUGGAACCAGUUUAGCUGCUAAAACUUCAAACCUGCUUUGGUUCAUGCAUUUUUAUUUGAUGUUCCAGUAGAUGACUUUGUGAAGCAUCUGUGUUUUUGUCUCUUUAGUCUGUUCAACAAACAUUUACAACUUAAGAAGACUGAGUAUCUCUGGUUUGAUGUCUACAGAAGAGGAUUAGGGCCACGUAAAGAGAAAAAAAUAAUUACAGGAAGGAGAUUAAAGUCGAAAUUUCGAGAUUAAAGUCGAAAUUGCGAGAGUACAGAAUGUCGUGAAUAAAGUGGAAAUUUUGAGAUGAAAAAAAUUUACAUUUCGAGAUUAAAAAAAUUACAAUUUUGAGACUAUAGUCGACACAAAUCAAGUCAAAAUUUCGUGAAUUAAAUCGAAAUUACAAGGCAAUUAAGUCAAGGCAAAUAAAGAUAAAACUUCAUGAAUAAUCCUCCCUCCUGAAAUUAUAUUUUUUUCUCUUCUUGUGGUCCUAAUCAUCUUUCAUAGAUAUCUCACUCUUACUUCUUGUGAAGGUGACAAUUCAAACAAGAAGUUUGAGAACAAGAGAUUUCAGUGCAGGCUGAUCUCAUCUGUAAAUCUCAUCCUUGUCCUCAGGUCGCAGCAGAGGAGCCAUCAUCUCUCAGUAUUACAACAGAACCAUGCAGCUCCGCAGGCGCAGACAGACCAGGCCUGCUAUUGCAGGCAGCUAUCGCGCCGCCAGACCGAGCAUACGAGGCUACGGCAUAGAGUCAGACACCACAGAUGAUGUAGCAGGUGAGGACGGGGACAUGCCUGAUGUAAAUAUGAGAAUAAACAUAAACCUCUGUUCAAAAAGGUUCAAAUGUAACAGAUUCUGCCUGUGAAUGUUACAGCGAGUAAGAGGGACCGUUUGGUAAACAACCUGCAGAACCUGUCAGGGGGCGACCGAGUGAGGAUGCUCAGAGCGAUACCUCUCAGUGUGGCCGAAAAGAGGGAACUCAGGUGGGUGAUGUUUGCCACUGGUGUUACUAUGUGCAGGGAUCAAUCAUACAGUAUGUGUAUAUAAACAGGCGUAAAUGUCUUUGUCUGUCUGUCACUAGGAGGUUGGCUUUACAGAAGGAGCAUCGCACACAAACGGCCAGCAGAAUCCCCUGCUGCAGUCAGCUCAAAUAUUACAUCAUCAUAGUGAGUUACAACAUUUCCUCAUUUCCCUCCUUUUACCCAACAAGUUAACUCUGGAGUAUAUUUAUAUUAGUCAGACAGACUCCCACAUAUAUUUCUACAAUAGUGAUGUCAGUCAGAUUAGAGUAAUCACAGUUUCAAAACAACUUUAAAAACACUCUGCAGCCUGUUGCAUCACAGUCCAAAUAAUGUCUUUGGGAUUGUUGGGUGGCCAAGUCAGGUUUUAAGUCAGGUCCAGACUCCCCUGGACACCCCUAACUCCGACCCUGCACCCAGGCAAAAUUACCCAUCCAUCUCAUCGUGCAUCUUUGUGCAAUGUCUGCAUUUACACAACAUCCAGAUGUUGCAACACACCCUAACUUCAGCACUAAUCUCUGUUUAGUCUGCUCUUACUGCCAAUGCAUGAAAACACUAAAAGGCUCACUAGGUGCGACAGAAAUGACUUAGACGUUUACUGUCCUCUCAACAGGCAGUUCUGACGUCAGAAUUUCCCUUCAGGGAUCAAUAAAGUUAUUCUUUUUCUUAGAUUUCCCUAAUGUAAAGCAUCAGUUCUGUCUCAGCGUGGUUGGGAAACAGAUGUUUCGUAACAAGAAUCUGUGCGCUGAUAAUGCUGAUCUGGUGUCUGUUUCUUCACGGCUGAAACUCAGUUCUUAACAUUCACUGAUGAUCCACUGAACUGCGCAGGAAAGUCAAGCUCCAUGCGAAGUGUUAGAUAACAUCACCACAUCCAUUUGGCACAACAGGGUUCAGUCUCAUUUUCUCUGCUUCAUGUCUGUAUCAUGUUUUCAUCACCAUUCAGUGACUUUUAUGGAUAACUGAGCUGUAAUCAACCAAAACCCUAACCCUGACCCUGAAAUUUUCCACCAAACCUGACACUCUAAAUAAUAAUAAAUAUUCAGCAAACCACCGGACGUUUAUUAACGUGGACGCUCCUCUUCAGUCAUCCUGUGUCAGCCGGUCUCCAGUGGGUUGGGCGAAUCCAAAAUGGUGAAAACAAGGGGGGUGUUCUGAGACAGGCUGGAACCUGUGAAACGGCGUUGCUCUGAAAACACCCCCAUUAGCACUUGGUACGUUCCUCCUGAUGAAAUUAACCACAGACUGUAAAUUGACGCAGAAAAAAAUCGAGUCGACUAAUCAGAAUUUUAGUCGACUCAGCACGUAUCGACCAAUAAGUCGACCAGUCGACUAGGACUUUACAGCCCUGAACAAGUCUUAAAAAAACUCAGAAUCAGGAUUUGAAGCAGUAAUUUCAUAAAAAGGUCUCAAGACAGGAGCUUUUGAAGCUUGAAAUAUCAUGAGUCUCCAUUAUAGUCAUAAUGACGUUAAUGGUUUCUAGAUGACUCACUCAGUUAGGCUCAAAGAAGAGAUUAACAUGUAUAGUUUGUAGUGUUGUGAUAUGCUUUGUUGCCAUUGAGUGAAGUGUCAAAGAAGUGAGCUGAAUUGAGUUACACAGUCUCAGCCUUGUCUCUUCAGUCUUACAUUUGGCCAUCGGUUCAUCCAUCUAGACAAAAAGAAGUGAUGAUGUAUGAUCUUUCACUGAUAAAAAAGGGCGCGCACACACACACACACACACACACACACACACACACACACACACACACAUAUAGACACGCGUAUAGACAGCGCCACACAUUCCUCUGUGCGGCUGUCACUGGGUGUCUGUGGGUAUUUCCUGUAGGUGUUGUUAUCAUGUAAUCACUUUAUUGCUCAAGCGUUUUCUGCUCAGGGAGUGUGAGUCAGAGAGGCCAGCCUUAAACACUGAACACAAACAUGUGUACACUCUGCCUGAGGUUAUAAACUAUUGCAUUACUGCUUGUUUCAGUCGAAAAGGCCAAGUUUCUGCAUCACCUCUUAAUGACUUCACUAUGUUAUAAACUGAUAAAGCAGGUUUUUUCAAAUGUUACUUUUUGCUGACUGUCAUUUUCUCCGUUUUCCCUUCACGUCUCUUCUCAGGCGGCGAGGCAGAGUUGGUACAGCUGGCUGUCCUUCCUGCACUCGCUCCAGCUGUGGCAAGUAGCUCUCAAGAGAGUGAGCGGACGGUUCGGUUCUGGAGUCCUCUCAUACUUCUUGUUCCUCAAGACCCUGCUCUUCUUCAACCUCUUCUUGUUCCUGGUGACAGGGGCCUUCUUGGUGCUGCCUCAGGCGGUGCACCCCCCAGCACCAUCUAUAGGGAGACGCUCCUUCUCUGGACUGGAGCUCCUUACUGGAGGGGUAAGAGAAGUGCGCAUGUGAAGUGAUAUGUUGAUGCAACGCUUCUCAAACACAGUAGAGCCUCUUUUUGAAGAGAAGCGUCACCACAUCCUGGAGACUUUAGUUUCCAGUCAAGUACCCGUCCUCCAGGGUGCACAGUCACACUAAACUUACCAGAGAAGUACAAGAUGUCUUCUGUCAAACAGGCCAACUUCUGAAACUAGAUAUAUUUACAUCUGAACAGAUUGUAGAUUGAAAAAUGUAUAAAUAGUCUAAAUAUACAAAAAAGGUAAACGACUGUGUUCUACUGACCCAAAUAUCAUAAUCUGUGACGCACGGUAUUUGCAAUAACUGGAGUUCCUCUUCAUCUCAUUUCUCAGGGCUAUUUCUCAGACUCAGUGAUGUACUACGGUUACUACUGCAACUACACACUGCGCAAAAGCUGCCAAGAGGACGUCCUUGUGGCGAAUGAAACCCGAUCAAACUGUGCAUCAAAGCAUCAUUCUUACAACAUGCCACUUGCGUACUUCUUCACCAUUGGAUUCGCUUUCUUCAUCACAUGCAUCAUCCUGGUGUACAGGUAGAUGCACAAGAUUUAAAGAGAAACUGCACCAACAAAAUGUCAUUAUAUCAUUUUUAAUAAAAUGUGAUUCUGUGUAAUUUUACUCACAGCAUGUCGAAGUCUUUCGGUCAGAGCUUCAGGAUCGACAAAUCUCGCAGCAUCUUAGCCAUAAAGGUCCUCUGCUCUUGGGACUUCAAGGUCAUAAAGAAAACAUCAGUGAAGCUCAUGUCGGAGAAUAUCUGCACACAGCUCAAGGUAAAGAGAACGAACACACACACACUUUAAAGGGAUAUUCCAGCGUAAAUUUAAGUUAAGGUCAAACAAACCGUAACACAGACUUAGACACCCCCUCGAGAGAUGAAUGUUGCCGACUGCUUGCUUCUUUAGUUAUGACAACUUCAGUAAUGACCGUACGAUAGCGAUACACAGCGGUCUACGUCUCUACCUCAACCAAAAAAGCCACUCUAUAGCCACAAAUAAUGCUCAGAACAGCACCUAACUUCAUCAACAGUACAUAUAGGGUCCCAGCCAUAGUACUAGCCACCAAACAUCUUUUUAGCUUUGACUGAUUUCUUUAGUAAAGAGACUAAACACAACUCACCCACUCUCCUCCAGCAGCCGCUUGUUUGUGGAGGGAGCCAUGACAAAUCGAUCACUGAGUGCAGUGGAUCAUUUCUAUGAAGUAAUAAUCAUCAUAAUAAUCAUUUUGCAUUUUCAUGAAGUAAUAAUCAUAAAUGUUCUUCCUUGAGCUGCGAAACUCCGCUGCACUCGGUGUUUGUGUUUAGUCUCUUUGCUAAAGAAGGCAAAGUUAAAAAGAUGUUUGGUGGCUAGUACUAUGGCUGGGACCCUAUAUGUACUGUUGAUGAAGUUAGGUGCUGUUCUAAACAUUAUUUGUGGCUAUAGAGUGGUGUUUUGGUUGAGGUUUAUGUGUGGCUCCUCAGACCGCUGUGUAUUGCUAUCAUGCGGUCGUUACUAAAGUUGGUAAAACUAGAGAAGCAAGCUGUCAGCAACAUUCAUCUCUCGAGGGGAAGUCUAAUUCGGUGUAUUUGACCCUGACUUAAAUUUGCGUCGGAAUAUCCCUUUAAUUCCUCAUGAAACACUUCCUCUCUCACACGCACUUGACAGGCGAGGAUAUACUCUCUUCUCCCUCGGGUCCCUCAGAGUAUUCCUCUAACCUCACUUUCCAUCCUCCCUCAAACCAUCUCCUCAUGUCCCUCCCUCUCUUCCAGGAGCUGCUCGCCGAGGGGAAUCACAAGCAAGAUGAAAAAACGAGGUGUCAGAAGCUGAAGAGACUGAUGGUUCAUGGUUUGGCGUGGGCAAUCUGCAUAGCGGGCAGCAUUGCUUGUGCACUCGGUAUCUACUUCUUCUCUGAUCACAUGCACCAGGUGAGGUGAAGGGGUUUAGAGUCCAAAGGAAGCACUCAGUUAGAUUUAUGAUUUUGUGGUGAAAGGAGGAGUAAUUUCUGGCAGUUUGAGGAUUACAGAAGACAGUGAACUUGAAAUAACAUGUCAUCUAGUUGUGAGUUGAUGUCUCCUGAAUUUAUCCGUCUCUCUCCUCAACAGAACCUCAGACAAACUUCACGUUUUGUCCCCAAGAACCCGUUAUUGAAUGAGGCCAGCCUGCUGGCUCUGCCUGUGGUUGUGUCCCUUAUGAACCAGCUGCUGCCUGGUCUGUUCAACCUUGUAGCCUGGAUGGAGGACUAUGAGUCCCCGACUAUACGGACAUAUGUCGCCAUCAGCAGGUAUGAGUCCAGUCAGUGACACCAGACUUUAAGAAAGUGCUAAAGUAGAUGAAGUCAUUGCUUAGACGUUGUUUAUUCUUUGUAUUUCCAGAAACUUGAUAUUGAAAGUGAGUGUCCUCGGAGUCCUGUGCUUCCACUGGCUGGGUCGAGUGGCUACUGAACCUGAGAGUAUCGGACUGCAGGUAGCAGAAAGGACGAGACGCAGUUUCCUCUUUCAUUCAAGCCGAGCAGACAGUCAUUUCCUCACAUAUUGAGUAUAAAUAAUCUCAAGUGUUGUUGAGUCGCUCAGUGUUGCUUCCUCUGAUCUCUGUCGUCCUCAGUGCUGGGAGAGUUUCGUCGGCCAGGAACUUUAUCGUUUCCUCCUCAUGGACUUUAUCUUCACUCUGCUGGACACCUUGUUUGGAGAGUUUCUUUGGAGGUAGAUCGAUGAUAAAAAUGGUCUUUAGUGAUAAAAGUACCACUCAAUGGAGCACUUGAUGACAAACUUAAGUCUAUUAAUACAUUACAGCUUCCUCUUUUGUUGUCUCCAGGUUAUUUUCUGAAAAGGUACUAAAGCGUAAAAGGAGCCCUGAGUUCGAUAUCCCCAGAAAUGUCCUUGACCUCAUCUACGGUCAGACCCUGGCCUGGUACGAGCCUCACUCUUUAGCUGUACAGAAAGUUACCUGUAAUAAAGUCAAACCUGGUUUCUGUUCGGUAAAAUUGAGCUCUGUUUUUCCAGGUUAGGUGUCCUCUUCACUCCCAUCCUUCCUGCCGUACAGAUCCUCAAACUCUUCCUGCUCUUCUACAUUAAAAAGGUAUGUAAAUGAAAACAUUGGGAUUAAAUGACUCACAAUGAAAAAGAGAAAAAGGUUCAAACAUCUUGUUUUGCUGUUUGACCGUCAGUCUCAAGUAUUAAAGCUCUGACACCGGCUCCUGUGUGAUUUUCUUUCUACAGAGCAGCGUGAUGAUGAACUGUCAGGCACCGAGGAGGCCAUACAGAGUCAGCCAGAUGCACACGAUCUUUAUCUCUCUGCUCUGCUUCCCCUCCUUCCUCGGAGCCUCAGUGUGUGUCACGUACACGAUGUGGAGGUACACUUACAAAGAAAGGAGAUUUUCUUUUCUUGUUAUUUUUUUGGUGUGUUGUGCUGUUCACCCAUUUAUCUCUCUAUAAAGUCAUGGUUUUCUGAAAACGAGUCACCACCUCACAAGGCACCCUCUUGAUAUAUCCAGUCACAGUGUGUGUCUUGUGUCCUUAGCAUCCCGCCAUCCUUCUCCUGCGGUCCGUUCCGUGGACUGGGAACCAUGUUUCAAGCUGGGAAGAAGUGGAUGGAAGAACUGGAAAAAGAUAAUCCCAACCUGUCCCUGCUGGCCAGGGCUCACUCCUACCUGCUGGAGCACCCUUUCUUCCUGUUUGUAGGAGCAGGUAUCUUCCUGUGAGUACACACACACACACACACACACACACACACACACACACACACACACACACACACACACACACACACACACACACACACACACACACACACGCCUAUAGCAGACCAGUAGGGCCGGAUUUACUGAAGUUUUGUGGUUUUUAAAAUAUGCAAACUUCAGGGCACCUGCAAACAAACAAAGAAGCUGAUCUUCUAACAGCGUUCCAGUGUGGAUUAUGAUUUUCAAAUAACAGGUGUUGUCCAUUUAGCAUGCUCGCAUUGAUGAAUAUGCAAUCUGGGGUGUUUAUUUUUGGUUAGUUAUUUACUUUUUAUCUCUUUUCAAUCAUCUUUAACAGAGAAAACCAUAAUGAUUAAAUUAAUUCUGAUAUUUGUGGCCAGUUCAUAGCCACUGUUGAAAGUAAAAACAGACUUUAAUGUCUCCUCCCUUUCUUACUUCUUACUCGUCUGUUCGCCAGUGUUGUCUUUCUACCUGAGGUUUUCCUCUUUCAUUAUUAGAAGCUCGUUCCUCCCCUGCAUAUCCUUGUAUAGCGCCGACCAGCUUUCUGGUCUGAGUCUGAGUACCUCUGAGGACAGAGCAGGCACCUCCUGCGCAACAAAUAAUAAAGCUGUCUUCAAUAGCUGCUUGUUGAUUUGGGUUGGAUGUUCUGUUUUAUUUGCUCAGGUUUUAUUUGAAGGAAAUUUGCCUAUUCUCCUUUUUUCAAUUUCCCCUUUUGCAUACAUGUUGAUUUUCCUACUUGUACUCUCUUGUAUCACGUUCCUCCGUUUUUGUUGUAGCUCAGUUAUUGUUUCCUCUUUUACUAACACCUGCGAUCGGGCUGAAUUUCAUUUAGCACCUGCUGUCAGUCUCCUUAAUUUAGAAAUCACCACCUCCACAGUCUUUGCACCUGUCGUCAACAACGCAGUUUUUUCUUAGCUAAUAAAAAUGAAAAUGCUCACAAACUAGACGUGCAAUUUGUUGGGACGCAGUUUAGUGCUUUGGAAUCAUUUCCAUUUUGCUGAUUGAAAUAGUUCAAAAAGAGUAAACACAUUACCUUAAUAAAACUGCGGCAAAUUCUCCCCCUGACCUACACUUGUCAUCUGUGACGUGUUGAACUAAGUCAUGUUUUUUCUCUGUUAGGAUCGUCAUUUACUUCCACAGUCAGGUGGUGGACGGUCAGAGGAAGAUCAUCAGUUUACUACAGGAGCAGAUCGAAAACGUAAAACAGAUUUACGUAUAACUUUGGUUCUCUGGGAAUUUUAUCAUAAGAUGUUUAACUAUCACUAAUCUGAUUAAUCUGGUUUACUUUCUAUCUCUGUGGUCAGGAGGGGGAGGAUAAGAAGUUCCUCAUAACUCGCCUGCAGUCCAUCCAUGAGCGAAAACGAACUCCAGCUCGGAGACAGGUGAGUCAGCUCUGUCUUAAAAUGUCUAAAAAUGUCUUAAAAGCUUCUUAAAUUUGACACUAAAACAUGAUCUGUACCACCACGGCCUCCUCUGACCUUCUGUCUUUGUUUCAUUGAACCUCCAGGACUCAAACUAUUGAGACUCAGACUCCCCUGCACGCAGAGAUGUGGAGAAACUCAGACUAGUGAGGAUUUAACUGGAAUAAUAACAUCAGGGAGGACAGCUGUGUAUACGAGAAAACUAUAUUUUAUAGAUCUGCUAGAUUUUAUAAUGUGUCUGUGGAGAAGAGGCACAAACCACACAGGAGUAGGAGGUGAAAGGAAGCUGUCUGCUUUAUACAUCAUGAUAACAGGAUGAGCUGAUCUCAGAUUUUGGGGAGUUUGAAUGUUUUUGACAGAAAAACUUGAAAAAUCUAGAAGCUGAUGUUUUCAGUUUACGCAGAUUUCUGUCAGUCAAAGAUGCACUUUUUAUGUCAACUGUGAACAAGUUUUUAUUUUUUAAUGUUUCUCAGAAAAAAAAUGUAUUUAGUCCUCAGAUUUUUAAAUCUUUUUAGUUUUUAUAGUUUUUAUUAGUAUGUAUGUUGUAGGUGACUGUGUGGGUGUGAAACUGUUGUCUAGUGGUGAGAGUUACCACUGUGAUCUCAUGCUUUUAUAAUAAAAUACAUUUUAUAUACCAGCA